UGUUACGUACGGAUACGUUUGUUGUUGCACGUAACGGUGCAGUCACUUGUCACUUAAGGUAACGUUAGCUUUUUAACACUUGUCAUUACACGGAAUACACUUUAACGCGGAUCCUUGUGUGUAUUUGAGGUGUUAAUAAUGAUGGAGGAUGGUGAGGGAGAGAAGACGGGUGAAUCAGAGCCUGUGCUACAUACACAGCAGCUGUGUCGCUUCUUCUCUCAAGGAAGACACUGCAAUUUUGGAAAGAAAUGCAGAUUCCUACACAUAAGAGAUGAUGCCAAAGCUCAUGAGAAGAAAACCAUCAGGACACCCAGCCAGUCAGAUGUUGCAUCUCCAAACUCAGAGGUCCCUGGAGGAGAUGUGGGGCACAGGCCUCCAUCAACUAGUAACUCCAGGGUUGCUCCAGCAGCUGGCCGCCGCCCCUGUCGCUACUUUAUCUCAGGCCACUGCACUAUGGAAGACAGAUGUCGCUUCUGGCAUCCACCACAGUUCCCCCCACUGGAUGACCAGCCUGUUCCUGGCAAGAACCCAAGACCUGCACAGAGGAUGCCACCAGUACCCCGUCCUGGCAUCCUCCAAGAGGUUAAGCUGUGUGACCUGACAGAGAAUGUCGCCAUGCAGCUACGAGACACAGAGAUCAAGCAGUUGAAGAAGCGUUUUCCCAAAGACCAGCUGAUUAUUCAGGAACAAAGUAAUUGCAAAGUUACUUAUUACAGGGUGGCUGUAGAGGCCACUGAUCCAGACUGGCCCUUUGAUCUGAAAGAAGUGGACAUCAUGGUGAGCUUCCCAGACAGUUACCCCCAGGAGAUUUUUACAUUGGACAUACCGUUGGACCAGGAGCUGCCGCCACUAAUGGCAAGACAUGUACAGCAAGCGUCUUUGGAGUGGCUUCAAGCCAAGCAUGCAACCAAUCAGCUUCUGGGAAAGGUAGAGCUGCUCUUCCGGCCUUUUCUUCGCUGGCUCGAUCGUAGUUUGGAGAGACUGUUCACUGAAGGAGCCCGCCAGUUAAAAAAAGACAUUGAUUUAGAAAAAGCUGGAUUGCAGUUCAUACCGUACCAGGAACUCCAGGCAACAGUGUGUGAAAAAUCUGUGAACGAUCAUUCAUCUGACACCGCUGCUGCAGGUGAGGAUGUCAGUGAUGAAGGAAAACUGGAAAAGAGAGAUAGCGAGAGGACAAUGGAGGGAGGGAAGUUAGUGCAGCAGGAGGGUCCAGGUGGUGAUGAAGGGCAGCAGGAGGAGGAGGAGGAAGCCAGUCAUCUGGUGGAGAACAUUAAGAUCAGUGAUCCCCGCAGAGGCACAGAAGUAAAGCUGCUGGGACUGAGGCUGGGAGAGAACACAGCCACCGUAGUGGCCAAACAAAUCACUGUUUGUCUUCAAUGUAACAGGUGUAAGGUAACUGCAGACCUGACACUGACUGGGAGGGCACCCUGCACAGCUCAGUGUGAAAAGUGCAGUGCAAGCAUCAAUGCUGCAUUCAGGCCCUGCAUGCUGCACCAUUACAGCGAUGUCCUGGGAUACCUGGACCUUCACAACGCUGCACCUGCUGACCUUGUUCUUCAGGAAUGUGAACUCAUUGUGGGCUGCCUCAGCUGCUCCCAGGAGGGCCCUGUGCAGAACCUUUCCUAUGGUCAAACAAAGGAGUUUAAUUGUGAACACUGCCACAGCAAACUCGGGAUUCUGGCUGAGAGCACAAGAUUCCAGUAUAUUCAGCCACGCACCAGCAAAACAGGUUCAGCUACACCCAGCUCACCUACAUUUUAUAAGACGAUAAGAGAUCCUGCUGUGCAAAAGGGGAAGCCCCUGCCAGAAAAAGGAGUAUGCAAACAUUACAGACAGAGCCACCGCUGGCUAAGGUUUCCCUGCUGUGGCCGGGCUUACCCCUGUGAUGGAUGCCAUGAUGAGGACCAGGACCACCCCAUGGAACUGGCCACCAGGAUGAUCUGUGGCUACUGUGCCAAAGAACAGCCAUAUGGCAAUGGAAAGCCUUGCAUCAGCUGUGGAAGCAUGAUGACGAGAGGUGCACGCACCAGCCACUGGGAGGGAGGACUGGGAUGCAGAAACAAAGUCAAAAUGAGCAGAAAUGAUCGACAUAAAUAUGCCAACACCAACAAAACGAUUUCAAGGAAGGCCGUCGGUGAAAAGAAGUAGUUGGUGAAGAAGAGCAUUAUCUCCCUAACUUGUGAAAAGACAAAUUUUAUAAAUGAUUUCAAAGAAAUUAUUGCACAUUUUCCUCAUUAAAUCAUGUUAUGAUUUAUUCAGUGUGAUUGUGAGAAGUGUUGAAAUGUUAUGGUCUGUAAAUUGAAUGUGGAUUGAAUUGGAUGACUUGUGAGUUUUAUUUUCAAGAUGUGAAAUUUCUGUAAAUCAAAAUUAGGGUCUAUUCUGCAACUCGGAUUAGAAAACUAUCUGGAGCAUAUUUCACUUUUACAAAAAAAAGCGUCUUUGUCCAUGUGCAACGUAACAUCAUGACUUGCUCCAACCGGACAGGCGGCCAACAACGGGAGCGAUGGCUAAGAGCUUCGUGACAGUGCUGUAUAACCACAUAUUCUUUGUUCUCUUGUAAUAAUUGGCAUGUUCAUACUGCCUACACCAAUACUACCACAGGAUGCUCUACUCAGUAUGAAGUAUUCAUUGAUGGACUUAGACUAGCUGUACUUUUCCUCUUUGGCAGAAAUUAUUAACUAUAAUUGGCAUUUUAUACAUCACAAGUAUUCACAGCUUUACCCGUGGAUUCAUGUAAUCCACCAUGAACACAUGAUGCCUUUUUCUUGGUCGACUGAGCAGCUCAGCAUCCCAGAACAGAUGACUGUUGGACUCUGGAGCAACCAGGACCCAAUUCUUUUAAAGUGCCACCCACUUGCCGUUUUUGCAAGCAAAGCAAACCCCAAACAACUUCCUGUUCUUUCUUUUCUCACAAUGUUAAAACAAAGUCUUUCCUUUCAUAUUUUGCUGACAAAUCCCACGGAGGAAUAAUAAGCUUUUCAAAAAAGAAAACCAAGUAGUUUGUCAGGCUUUCACCAAGAGGUCCAGUACAAUACAAAGGGAAUAAAGGAUAACCCGUACUUGACAAAGUUCUGAGCUUGGACUGGAUGUUAGACUGACUUGAAUGUAGAAUUCAUUACAAAAAAAAUGACACAGCAAAAAGGGGAUUCAAAGGAAAA